UGGCUUUCAGUCCAGUCAUUGAUGGCGAUUUCAUCCCAGAUGAGCCCAGGAAUCUGUUUGGCAAUGCUGCUAAAGUGGACUAUAUGGCCGGAGUUGUUUUUGUGAACAAUAUGGAUGGGCACUUAUUUGCUGGGAUUGAUAUGCCAGCUAUAAACAGGCCUUUACAGAAGAUUUAUAGUGAUGAAGUGCAUAAGCUUGUCCAGGGACUGACGCUACCUAAAGGAACUUCUGCACUGGAUAUCGCUUUUGAACUCUACACAGACCAGUGGGGAGCAAAUCCAGAUCAGGAGGUCAUGAAGAAGACCGUGGUUGACAUGGAGACAGAUUACAUCUUCCUGGUCCCAACACAGGAAGCUCUGGCUCUUCAUUAUAUGCAUGCACAGAAUGCCAAUACCUACAGCUACCUGUUUUUUCUCACCCAUCUCGCAUGCCUGUGUACCCAAGCUGGAUGGGAGCCGAUCAUGCUGAGGACCUGCAGUUUAUGUUUGGUAAACCAUUCAGGAACACCGUCGCUUACAGGCCACAAGACCGUGAUGUCUCUGAAGCCAUGAUGGCUUACUGGAGCAACUUUGCUGCGACUGGAGAUCCCAGCAAAGGAAACUCUAAAGUCCCCACAGCUUGGUUGAAUUACAACACUCAGUAUGGGAUGUAUCUGGAGAUCAACAAAAAAAUCAAUUAUAAGUCCAUGAAA